CAUAAAGAGCAGAGAAGAGGAAGCUUCCCCUCACUUUCUCCAUCUUCCUCUGGACUGGGAUCUAACCGCCUCGUUAUCCACGAUGAGCUGCAGCGCUGUGGCCACCGUCUGCUCCGGGCCGGACUGCCUCGUCCCUCCCAGCGGCUUCAACGCCAUCCUGAGCGUGGUGCUGAGCACGGUGCUCACGGUGAUGCUGGCGAUGGUCAUGUUCUCCAUGGGCUGCACCGUGGACGCCUCCAAGCUGUGGGGCCACGUCAAGCGGCCCUGGGGCAUCUUCAUCGGCUUCCUCUGCCAGUUCGGCAUCAUGCCGUUCACGGCUUUCGCGCUGUCUUUGGCUUUCGGGGUGCUUCCGGUGCAGGCCAUCGUCAUCAUCGUCAUGGGCUGCUGUCCGGGAGGAUCCAGCUCCAACAUCAUCUGCUACUGGCUGGACGGAGACAUGGACCUGAGUAUCAGCAUGACGACCUGCUCCUCCAUCUUGGCUUUGGGCAUGAUGCCGCUCUGCCUGUUCGUUUACACCAGCGUCUGGACUUCCAGCGACGCCAUAAAGAUCCCGUUCGACAGCAUCGGAAUCACACUCGCAGCCCUUCUGAUACCCAUCUCAGUCGGGAUUUAUGUGAAAAGCAGAUGGCCUCGAUUUGCCAAAAAGAUCCUGAAGGUGGGUUCCAUCGCCGGUUUUGCUCUGAUCAUCAUCAUCGCCGUGGUUGGAGGCGUCCUCUACCAAUCCUCCUGGAACAUUGCGCCGUCCUUGUGGAUAAUUGGAACCAUCUACCCCUUCAUUGGGUUUUUCCUUGGUUUCUUUUUGGCCCGGUUCGUGGGUCAGCCCUGGUACAGAUGUCGAACAAUUGCGCUUGAAACUGGUUUCCAGAACUCCCAGUUGUGCAGCACCAUCGUCCAGUUGUCUUUCACCCCCGCAGAGCUGGAGGUCAUGUUUGCCUUCCCUCUCAUCUACAGCAUCUUCCAGCUGGCUGCAGCCGUCUUUGCUGUGGGCGCCUACCAAGGGUACAAGAGGUUUUUUGGAAAAGGUGGCGGCGCAGAGGACGAGGCCAGAAGAGAGGAAAACCAGUCUAAAAACAGGAGCUACGACCUGGAUAACAAAGCCUUCGAGUCCAGCGACCUGAACGGCACCUACUCCAUAAAGCACUGAGACCAACAUACUGCAGAAAACUUCACACCUCCUGAACAAGCUACUAUCACUGAACAGUGAACACACACCGCCCCCUAGAGGUUGAAAUGUGUAACGCAAAGGGAAAAUGCAACAGUUGACUGACCCAUUCUCUGUUUGAGCUUAAUAUCCUGCUUUCUUUUAAUUUAUUAUUUUAAGAUAUUUAAAAACAGCUCCAGCUACACUGCAAAACCUAAAUCACCAAGUAUUUUCCAGUGUACACUUGAAAUAAGACAAAACUAAACAACAAGUAAGUUUUAAAUAUAUAAAAGCAUAUAGAAGCAUGUUUUGGAAAUAAAUAACAGAUAAUUCCUUAGUAUUAAUGAAAAAGUAAUAGUUUCACUUCACUUUAAUCAAUAUUAAGGAAUUAUCUACUUAAAACGUACUUUUAAGUUUUUUCAGUAAAUCACCCAAACUGCAGUUAUUAUUUGCCUCUAAUCUGUCCUGAUAUUGUGACCCAACUCCGUUUCUUUGUUUAGAUUUUCUACUUCUUUAAGAAAUUAAGUUAAAUAUUAAUAAAACCAUACGUGUGCAAUAUUGAUUAUUUUCCAGCUAUGCUUUACUGUAACAAAUAUGUAUUAGGGUUAAACACAAACUGGUGUUUAAAAAUAAAAUGCUUGUACAAAAUAUCAACUGUUUGCUCAGAGAAAUUGUGAAUUUGUUGUCAUAAAAAUGUAUUUUUGUUGUAAUGCUCCUGUUUUGAUAUGAAUGUAAGUACUUUUUGAGAUCUUA